GCAUCAAUGUUAUGAUGACAAUGUCGAGGACUUCCUCCGAAAUAAUAGUAACCUGAUGCCCAUCAAGUACUCUUACUCAGAGAUCAAGAAAAUGACCAACGGCUUCAAACACAAGUUAGGUGAAGGAGGCUAUGGCUAUGUGUAUAAAGGUAAGCUUCGAAGCAAUCGCGAUGUAGCCAUCAAGUUACUGGCGAAGUCCAAAGCCAAUAAUGCACAAGAUUUCAUAAGCGAAGUUGCCACUAUUGGCAGGAUUCAUCAUGUCAAUGUGGUGCAGCUGAUUGGAUUCUGCACCGAAAGAAGUAAACGAGCUCUUGUUUAUGAAUUUAUGCCUAAUGGAUCACUUGACAAGUACAUCUUCUUGGAGAGACAAAGCAACACGCCCAUCAAUUACGAGAAAAUGUUUAACAUUUCUCUUGGGAUUGCUCGAGGAAUUGAGUAUUUACAUCGAGGAUGUGAUAUGCAAAUUCUACACUUUGAUAUCAAACCUCACAAUAUCCUUCUUGAUGAAAAUUUUAAUCCAAAGAUUUCGGAUUUCAGAUUGGCUAAGUUGUACCCAUUAGAUAAUAGUAUUGUGUCUCUGACAAAUGCAAGAGGAACAUUUGGAUACAUGGCUCCUGAAUUCUUGUACAAGAACAUUGGAGGAAUAUCACACAAAGCCGAUGUUUAUAGUUUUGGGAUGCUACUAAUGGAAAUGGCCGGCAGAAAGAAGAACUCGAAUGUCAUUGAGCAUUCCUGGCAGACCUAUUUUGCAAAAUGGGUUUAUGAUCAAUUUGAGGAAUCAAUAGAGGGGAGCAAUAUCUCAGAUGAGGAAAGAGGAAUUGCGAAAAAGAUGAUCAUAAUAGCUUCACAUUGCAUACAGAUGUAUCCUAAUGAUCGACCUUCGAUGAAGAAUGUGUUAGAGAUGCUUGAGGGAGAAAUGGAGCUUCAAGAGGCUCUUCCUCCCCAAAUUUAUGUAACUUGGUGAGAGAUUUUAGGAGAAAAUAUUGCUACUACUGACAACUUGUGUUCCGAUUAAACUACUUGCAAAUAAGUAAAACUAGCAUUAUGGUUAGUAUUUUCAA